CGACGCUGAAAUCCCCGUCGGCUCUUUGGAGUCUGAAGCUCCUCUGGGAGGAUGGACGCCCUGAGGAACCGGACGGUGAAGGAACUCCAGGAGCUGCAGGAAAAUGCGGAGGAGAUCGAGCGCCUGGCCCUGGAGUCCCAAGAGGUUCAGGAGCUGCAGCUGGAAAGGGAGAUGGCCCUUGCCGCCAACCGGAGCUUGGCCGAGCAGAACCUGAAGUUCCAGGCGCCUCUGGAGACGGGCCGCACCGACCUCUCUAACAAAUACGAAGAGCUGCAGAAGCUGGCUGAGCGGUGUAAAGAGCAAAAGGCAAAACUGGAGAAAUUUUCAGCAGCAAUGCAUCCUCAAACCUUGCUGGAUCUCCUGCAGGUGGAAAGCCAGAAAAUCGAAGAGGAGUCUGAGAAAAUGGCCGAGAAGUUCCUGGAGGGCGAGGUGCCCUUGGAGACAUUUCUCGAGCAGUUUUCCGUGAUGAGGAAGUUGUCCCACUUGCGCCGGGUCAGAGUUGAAAAGCUGCAGGAGAUACUGAGGAAGUCAGAAGCGUCGCAGGAGCCCGGCAGGGACUCUCAGCAGCAGCCGCCUCCUCAUGUACCUGGGCCCGCGGACCCGCCGAAGCCACAGCCCUUCCCUUCAGGGGCUCCUUCCUUCCCUUUGCCCUACAGCCCGGCUCCAAACAUGCCGCUCGGCCCCACAGCCCAUGGAGCUCUCCCUCCCGCUCCUUUCUCUGGCUCCCCGGUCACCGUGGGACACGUCGCUUCCUCUCAGCCGAGCGCCCAGCCUGCUUUUCCAUACACGCCUCCUCCAGGUCCCGGAUACCCACCAGCGCAGGCUGCCGACUCCGCGCUGGGCUAUCCCAAACCCGCCUCGGGAGGCUCCUCUCCGGCGCCGGGCUAUUCCUGGUCUCCAUCCAGGGGCCCUCCUCAGCCCCCACCACCGUUUCCUGGCUCUCACCCCUCUCCGCCGCCGCCCAGAGCGGGGUACCCUCCCUACUUCUCCCCUGGGGCAGGGAGACCGCAGUGCCCCUACCCGACCCAGCCCCCCCUCCCUAAUUUCCCCAUCCCCCCGCAGCCUCCCUAUCCUCCUGGACCUUCCCCACCCUUUGGGUACCCGCCUCCUCCAAACCCUCAGCGCCCUGCUUGGCCUGGCUACUAAAUCAGGACUCCUGGGGAGCGUCCCCUGCUGCUCCCUCCUCUUUUAGCGGACUGAGGAAGAAGAGCAAACCGAGAGCGUUGCUCUUCGACCUGCCGGUACGAAAGCGUUACGCAGGGUAAGAGACGGUAGCGGCUCCGGGGGUCAGGUAGGCUGACGCUGCCUUCGCGGGGUUGUGACUUUCGGUUGGGUUUGUGACGAUCGCUGGUGGGGUGAAGCGUUCCCUUCCAAAUGGGCUCAUCCAGGCUCCGAUGUGAAAGCUGGGGAGCCAUCUAGGUACUCGGCUGGGGAACGACGUGCACUGAUCGCAGCCGCUGAGAGCCGGAUCCCCUCGUCUGUGUGCGUGCGAGCGUGCGUGGGUGAGCGAGAGAGGCUGCUCCGCCUGUGCCUGUCGUUUGAUAUGUGGGUAACGGAUGUAGUAUCAUAAUUCUAAGCCUUUUCACAGGCGUUCGAAAGACACGGUGGGAAUCUCUGACAGUAUUUCUGACACAAAAUACUCACUGCUUUCCAAGGAUCUUCCUGGAAGCGAGAGGCAGAGCCAGCCUGGCUUGCAGGCAAUUCGUAACCGAUCGCAGCAGGGAGAAAGAAGCAGCUAGCUCACCUCGUGGGUGUGCCGGGCCUUGAGAUCUGUGUUUUUAUACCGGUGCGGGGUAACUUCCACACCGGCUCUGCUCGAGCCCUUCCCAGCCGACUGUGAGCUCCGGCUUCCCCCAGCGCUGCCUCCACGGUGGGUACGAGCGUGCUCCAAAGCAGAGGCUGCUCCCAGCUCACCCGGGGAGCAAAAACCUCUUUACCGCUGCCGCUUCUGUCCAGCGCAGGAGCCUUUCCCAGCCUGUGCUGGCUGCGUGCUGUCUCACUGAGGGCACGAAGGCUCUGCUAGCUCCCCAGAGUCCCGACACAUGGAUAUUAUCCGUGUUUUUGAAGUAAACUGGGCUGGCGCGACCUCUCAGGCUGCUGCUGUUUUGGGGGCGCGUGCCUCGGGUCACAGGGAGGAGUGGGAGUCGGUGCCUCCUGCCCAGCUCUGUGAAACACUGGGGCUCGGCAGCCUCCUGUAUCCCUGCCUCUUCUGCAGCACCCAGGGGAACGGAGCGGUUAUUUGGGGUGCUACGGGCUCCAGCCUUCCUCACAUCCCCCUUCUCAGGAAACACUAGGUAACGGAGCGACACGUUCAUGUUAACAGAAAUGGGAUUUGCUUUGCUCAGCACUUUAUCCUACGAAUCCUGCCUGUAUCCCUGUAAGUUAUUUAUAAGGAAAGAUUACUAAUGGACUAGAACAAGGCAAAUGCUUGCGGGGUUUGAUGGAAACA